GCCCGUCGCCCUCUCGCGGCCAACCGCGCCCCGCCACUCCCAACUCUGCUCCGGCUUCCGCUCCUUCUUAACCGAAACCACCCACGCUUGCCGCGCGCCUGCUCCACCUCAAAACGCCCGGGAACAAUCACACCGCAUCCGCGCCGGGUGGCCGCCUCCCGCUCUCCGCACCCAUCGUAUCGGCUCCCACUCUCCCACACGGCCACUACACCACCACACGCCCACCAACUCUCACUCUACCCACCGACCCAACCAAAGUGCGCGGCCAUAUCCCCGGCCGCGUCGCGGCACGGCCGAUCGGAGCUGCUGCGUGCGAGGAGUUGGGAGCCGGUGCGGGGCGCGAAGAACCAGGCCACUAGCCAUGGGCGCCGGCGCCGUCCCCGCGCUCGUCCUCGCGCUGCUGCUGCUGGCGGUGGCUCCGCCGCCGCCGGCGCACGCUGCGAGCGUUGGCCGGUGCGCGGGCGAGUCCUUCUCGGCGAACCGCGCCUACGCGUCGUGCAGCGACCUGCCCCGUCUCGGCGCGUCCGUGCACUGGACCUACGACCGCGCGUCGGGUGACCUCUCCGUGGCCUUCGUCGCGGCGCCCGCCGCGCCGGGCGGGUGGGUGGCGUGGGGGCUCAACCCGUCGGACGACGCCAUGCCGGGCGCGCAAGAACUAGUUCUCGGUCGUUUCCGGACGCGACGACGGCAGAUCCAUGGAGUCCUGAACGCGGUGAGCUGGGGCGUGCUGCUGCCCAUGGGAGCCAUCGUCGCGAGGUACCUCAAGACGUUCAGGUCGGCGGACCCGGCGUGGUUCUACCUCCACGUCGCCUGCCAGCUGGCCGGCUACGGCGUCGGCGUCUCCGGCUGGGCCACCGGCAUGAACCUCGGCAGGGAGUCCGAGGGCGUCACCUACGCCGACCACCGCGACAUCGGCAUCGCCGUCUUCGCCCUCGGCACGCUCCAGGUCCUGGCGCUGUUCCUGCGGCCCAAGAAGGAGCACAAGUACCGCGCGUACUGGAACGCGUACCACCACUCGGUGGGGUACGCCGUGAUCGUGCUGGGCGUCGUCAACAUCUUCAAGGGGAUGGGCAUCCUGGGCGUGGAGCAGCGGUGGAGGACCGCGUACAUCGCCGCCGUCUGCGUGCUGGCCAUCGCCGCCGCCGCGCUGGAGGCCGUCACCUGGGGCGUCGUCGUCCGCCGGCGCAAGGCCGAGGGCAAGACCUUCAGCAGCAGCGCCGCCUCCAAUGGCCACCUGCCCCACUGAUCGCUCGGCGUCACGGCGUGAAAGUUUCUCAGGCAUCUGCAUCCACCUUCAGUGGCGUGUAUAGCUACGGGCAGAUGGCACUAGGUAUAGAGUGAGAUCCCGUGAUUUUGGCCUGCCUGUAUGUCUUCUUUUUUUUUUUUGGUACGGUGUGUAUAUGUACGUUGCCACUUGCGCUGUAGCUUGAGCUGUAGUGAGUGAACGUGUAUUGUACAAUUGUGUUUUUGCAUGGUGUAGUGUUCCAUCACCUUGCUGGUUUCGAGCUUCUAGAACGGGGCGUGCAGUGUGCAAACGCUCGGGGUCCCAUUGUCCGGGAGGAUUCGCGCCGAUCAUGCACUUGGCGUUCAUGCCCCAUGCCGGACGCCACUUUUUUGC